GUUGCGUCAGUGAUAAAAUAAACUGAAGCGUUAAAAAUGCCAUUGCGGACAUUCAAUGCGUCGUUACCGGGGCUCCCCGUGAACUCUAGCGAGGCGUGGGCGCCGCCAAUGGACCUGGAUGUGUUCUAUCGUCCCGACGUGGUGAUCAUCACGCUCUACGUGGCCGUGCUCACGUCCUCGCUCUCCGCCAACACGCUGCUCAUCUUCAUCGUCAUCAAGUUCCAGUAUAUGAGAAGUGUAACGAACAUCUUCCUGGUAAACCUGUCCGUCGCAGACCUGCUGGUGACGCUGUUCUGCAUGCCUGUUCAGAUCGCCAAGUCCGUGACGCUGCUGUGGUACUUCGGAGAGGUCAUGUGCAAGACUGUCAACUUUCUACAAGGGGUAGCAGUAGCGUCAUCAGUGUUCACAAUCACAGCCAUGUCCGUGGACCGGUACCUGGCCAUCACGCAGUCGCUGCGCCAACCCUGGAUGCCCUCGAGACGAGGGGCUUGUAGUCUUCUCGCCUGCUUGUGGCUGAUAUCUCUGGCUAUAUUCGCCCCGCUGCUGGCGGUGGCUGCGGUGGAAAGGGAGAUGGUACCAAUGCUUGCUAGGACGAAGAACGGAUCGGUAAGUAUUAAAAUAGAGGACUAA